UUUUGCAAAAGAUGAUUUGGAAAAACGGUUAACACCUGAUAGAGGAACAGAAGGGCCAAAAGAGACUCAUGAUGAAGAGUCGAGGCCUCUUGUUCACCGAGCAUCAACUCUUCCCUCUACUCAGCGACUUCCCCAGUUGGACCAAGAUUGUACGGGCACACAAGAUGAGCAACCAAAAGAAGGGCAUGUCUCAAGUAUUAGAAAGAAGUUUGAGCCAAACCAUCAUAGACGGACUUUGCAGAGAGGUUCAGAAAAUAACACAGACGAGCAUAAGGAAAUGGUGUCUCCUCUGCGUAGUGAGUUCCCGUAUCAGAAUAAACACGCUAUUAACGACAAAGGUGAUGCGGAUGCAGACCAGCAAAGAGAGCCUACAGAAGUCCCACAGAGCGACCCCUCAGAUUCUGAGGAGAAAAAUGAUCCAGACCCUCCUAGUGUGAGGGACGACCUCAGUGAGGACACGGAGUCCAGUCCACAAGUCCCCAUCUCUUCUGAACAGCCAGGUUCAGAAAAUAACACAGACGAGCAUAAGGAAACGGCGUCUCCUCUGCGUACUGAGUUCCAAGAUCUGAAUAAACACGCUAUUAACGACAAAGGUGGUGCGGAUGCAGACCAGCACAGUGAGCCUGCAGGAGAAGAAGUCCCACAGAGCAACCCCUCAGACACUGAGAAGGAAAAUGGACCAGACCAUGCUGAUGUGUUGGACGACUCCAGUGAGGACGCGCAGUCUGGUCCGCAAGUCACCUUCUCUUCUGAAAAGCCAGGGUAUGUCUCAAGUAUUAGAAAGAAGUUUGAGCCAAACCAUCAUAGACGGACUUCGCAGAGAGAGCCAGAGAAGGAGGAGAAUGAGAGUAAGGAAGCUCAGUCUGCUCCUGCCGGUGCUGAAACUUCUCCUGCUGAUCAGCCACAUACAACCGAAAGCUCUCCGAAUAUGGCACCUAAAGAUACACCUGGUGAACACGAGGGAGUCGCCAACUCAGAUCAGGUCACUGGAGAAUCUGCAGAGAAAAAUGUCAGUAAAUCUGACUCAUCAGGACAAGGGGAAAGAAAUGAAUCAGACGACUCUAGCGAGGACAAACCCUCCGUUCCUGAUCAGAGAGGUUCAAAUCCAAUUUUACAGGACCUAGAAUUAGACUUUUCACAAGAAGAUAGAAACACAAGCAAAGACAACCAGCAAGAAGAUGAAAGUAAAACAGAUAGUGUAGGUAAACAUGAAGAAACAGAUAGUGAUCAGGAUAUGUAUUCAGACACCUCCAAGCAACCUCCGAGCCCCACACAAACAAAACCAGACAACAGGAACACCGAUACCUGUCAAGAGACACCAGACACUGAACAUGCACACCCAGAUGAAGAAGAAGAAAAGCACAAGACCUCCACUGACUCAAAUGAGACAGAGGGGUAGUCAGAUAAAGGCCAGGGAGAAGCUGUUGAAGAUCAAAAAGGAGGUCCAGUCAGGCCUUAACAGAGAGAAGCAAGGCAAUGAGAGCAGGAGAAAAGAAAGAUGAAGUUGUUGCGUAGGCCUUCAUGCAGCUUGGCAAACAGGGAGAGAUUUAAGAAGGAAGCAGAUAGUGAAAGUUAAGCUGUAAAUACAACACGGCAGGCAAAGAGAAUAAGAUCAAUACAAAGACGUAAAGGCAGAGUUAAAAAAGAAUGGAGGGAUUUCAAGGCAGUCAGAAAUGCAGACAAAUAUUAACUGCGGGGUUGUAGGAAGUGGUGUACAUUCAAUCAGAGCCACUGAGGAAAGAAGCAGACAAUUACACAGUGGAAAAGUUUGUAGGUUGAAAGCAGUAGAUUGUUCAUCUAUCUCUUUCUUUUUUUACAAGUGAUGCCAAAAUAACAAGAGAGAUAACAUCUUGCAACAGUCAGGUUGCAAGAUGUUGGUGAAGGGAGGUGAAGGGAACCAUAAGUUAAACUUGCACAGAAAAAGGAUGGUUUCUAACUUGCUCUUCUGAUAUUCUGGUGCUCUUACUUUUAACUUCUUAGCUUAUUUUAUUAUUAUUCGUAUGAUGUGUUUGAAUACCAGCUGCAAUGUAAACAUUUUUUUUUUUAAAUUGUUUGUCUUUUUUACUGAUACUAUGACGUAUUGACUAAUGAUGCUACAUGUAUGGGGUUUUCCUAUGAAUUAAGCUAUUAUAAAUAAGAAUGUAUAUGUUUAACUCUAAUCACUUUAACAGCACUAAUCUGGUAUAUUGUGACCUUAUUAUACAGAAGACUUUUGUGGUGAUCUUUCAAUUUAAUUAGAUUUAUUUGUGUUGCCGGGAAUUACAAAUCACAAUCUGUACAGCAUAUUGACGUCGUCUGUCCCAGGACCCUCGCUUCCUAACAGGAAAAACUCACCGGAUAGAAUUAUUGUAAACUGAAUUGGACGCCCUGUGACUGUGACGAGGUUAUAACAGCAGAUCUUUGCCUUUUUUUAAGAAGCGAAAUGCUUUAUUCAAGGUGUUGUAGGAGAAUAAAAUCAUCACGAGCAUCAAAUAUUCCCUGUGGGUUGAUAAAGGACUGUUGAAUGUAUGUGGUGCUGUACGCAUAUGACAAUAUACUAGGAAUCCACUUUUAAAUCUGAGAUCUAAAUGAUGGACCAUCGUGAAAUAUUUGUUCUUCAGUGUUUUUAAAAAUGUUUUAUGCACUCCUUUGAUUUUAUUGAGACCAGCUUGUUUAUGCCAAUUUAUUGCUGGAAUAAAAUAGUUUAUUUUCUUUUUUUACGACGAUGAAAGCUAAGAUUUCUCUGUUUUAAAAUAAAUAUUGUGGAAUGAUUGCUGAAAUUAUAAAAUAAAACAAAA